AUGAUCAUCUACAAGUGCCUCAUCAGCGGUGACGAGAUCCUCUCCGACUCGUACGACCUCAAGGAGGUCGAUGGCGUCGCCUGGGAAGCAGACUGCAAGAAGAUCACCGUUGGAAACGACAAUAUCGACAUCGGUGCCAACCCAUCAGCCGAAGAGGGCGGCGACGACGUCGAGGACACCUCCCAGCAGGUCAUCGAUGUCGUCCAUUCUUUCCGUCUGAACGAGACCCAAUUCGACAAGAAGUCGUAUCUCAGCCAUCUCAAGACCUACAUGAAGGCGGUUAAGGAGGCCAUGAAGAACAGAGGCGCCAGCGACGAGGAGAUUAAGGAGUUCGAGAAGGGCGCCUCGACUUUUGCCAAGAAGAUCAUCAGUAACUUCAAGGACUACGAGUUCCUCAUUGGCGAGUCCAUGGACCCCGAUGGAAUGGUCAUCCUCCUCAACUACCGCGAAGACGGAGUCACACCCUACGUGACUGUCUGGAAGCACGGCGUGUCGGAGAUGAAGGUUUAG